CCCGGGUCCUAGUCCCCGCCUCCUGCCCGCUUUCCCGGUUCACUCUGCGCUACUAGGUCGCUGUGCAAGCGCCUUUGCUUCACAAGAUGAGGCGCAUAGUGAAGGCCGCCGCCUUGGCUGCGAGCUCUACAGGGAUUUUCUCCAGAGUCCAAACUCCAGUUGCUUUGGGGAGAAGUUUUUCCAUGCCACAGUCCCUGCAGCAAGUGUCAGGCCCCGUGUGGAACCUGGGUCGGCUCAAUCAUGUGGCCAUAGCAGUGCCAGAUCUGGAAAAGGCUUCGUCAUUUUAUAGGGAUGUUCUGGGGGCCCAGGUAAGUGAGGCGGUCCCUCUUCCAGAACAUGGAGUAUCUGUUGUUUUUGUCAACCUGGGAAACACCAAGAUGGAGCUGCUUCACCCACUGGGGAGUGACAGUCCAAUCACGGGCUUUCUGCAGAAGAACAAGGCUGGAGGAAUGCAUCACGUCUGCAUCGAGGUGGACAAUAUAAAUGCAGCUGUGACGGAUUUGAAGAAAAAGAAGAUUCGUAGUCUGAGUGAUGAAGUCAAAAUAGGAGCACAUGGGAAACCUGUGAUUUUCCUCCAUCCCAAAGACUGUGGCGGGGUCCUUGUAGAACUGGAGCAAGCAUGAUCCGUAAUUGGGAGACACUUAAUCAACUUGAACAACUGUUAUCAACACUAUCAGAUGUAUUAUGCUACUGCUUCCUCUGCUUAAAAGUCAGAUUAAUUACAGAAAGAUUAAAAUACAUGUACACAUAUGUA